GAUCGUUAGUCUUCGAAUGGAUAUGAAACGCCGCCACCGGAAUAUUCUCCCCCUCUGUGAGUCAAAAUUCAAAGCGUCACCCUCCCACGUCUCACCUCUCUCUCGCUGCCCAGGAAGAGAGAAAAGGGGAUCAAGACAAGAGAGUCCACAGCUGCCCCUCGAGACCUUCCAAUCUCUCUCUUCUCAGACGAAUCACUGCCGUCAAGAAAUCCUAUCCCUUCUAUGAUGGACCGCUCCGGAGGCGCCAUGCCGUCGCCGGCGGCGGAUGGGAAUCUGGAGGAGGCGGAGCGGGAGAUCAUGCGGUGGGACUUGGCCUCCACGACCGCGCGGAUCUUUGACGGCGGGGACCGCUCCGACGCCGAGCGCUUCCUCCGCGCCGUCGACGAGAUCUGCCGCUUCAUCAAGAAACCCAUCGACGUCGGCAGCCCCCGCCGGUCGUCUUCGUCGUCGUCGUCGUCGGCGGAGAACGGGAUCAAGAUCGCGAUGGCCCGGCUGGAGGAAGAGUUCCAGAAUAUAGUGGUUUCGAGAGUCAACGAGUUCGAGAUCGAGUCGCUCGUCGAUCUGAGCUCGCUGUCGAUGUCGAGCUCGAUGUCCGUGGAGGAGGAUCGGGCUGGCGAUCUCUCCGACUCUGAAGGCUGUGAUGAGGGUAGCCUCCUGGCGUCGGGAUCGGAGGGGAGCAGCCUGGGUCACAGGAGGAAGAGCAGCAGUUGCCGGUCGACAAGAAGCAUCCGGGAAAUCGAUCUUCUGCCGGAGGACGCAAUCGCGGAUCUGCGGAGCAUCGCGGAGCGGAUGAUCGCCGCCGGAUACGGCCGGGAGUGCGUCCAGGUGUACAGCUCUGCCCGGAAGGCGGCGGUGGACCUGUGUUUCCGGCAGCUGGGCGUGGAGAAGCUCAGCAUAGGCGACGUCCAGCGCCUCGGGUGGGACGCACUCGAAGCCAAGAUCCGGCGGUGGAUCCGCGCCGCCCGGGCCUGCGUCCGGAUCGUCUUCGCCAGCGAGCGCCGCCUCUGCGAGUGCGUCUUCGACGACCUCGGUGGCGUCCCCGGCGGCGACGACGCCCCCUUCACCGAGGCUGUCAAGGGCGCGGCGAUUCAGCUCUUCGGCUUCGCCGAGGCCAUCAGCAUCAGCCGCCGAUCUCCCGAGAAGCUCUUCAAGAUUCUCGACCUCCACGACGCCAUCUCUGACCUCCUCCCCGACAUCGCCGCCGUGUUCUGCUCCAAGUCCUGCGAGUCCAUCUACACCCAGGCCGCCGAGAUCCUCUCCCGUCUCGCGGAGGCCGUCCGGGGGAUCCUUUCCGAGUUGGAGAACGCCGUCCUCCGGGAUCCCUCCAAGAUCCCGGUCCCCGGCGGCACCAUCCACCCGUUGACUCGCUAUGUGAUGAACUACAUCAGCCUCAUCUCCGAUUACAAGCAAACUCUUGUCGAGCUCAUCCUCACGAAGCCCUCGGUGAGCUCGCGGUUCUCCGGCGACGAUCCGGACGCUGGUGGCCCGGAGGUCGACUUCCCGGAGCCGGAGAAUAAGUCACCACUGGCGUUCCACUUGAUCUGGAUCAUUGUUAUACUUCAGGACAAUCUCGAGAACAAGGCCAAUCUCUACAAAGAUAGUUCCCUCUCCCAUCUCUUUCUGAUGAACAACGUGCACUAUAUUGUCCAAAAGGCGAAGGGCUCGCCGGAGCUCCGGGAGCUGAUCGGGGAUGGCUACUUGAGGAAGCUGACGGCGAAGUUCCGGCAGUCAGCGACUAGCUAUCAGAGGGCGACCUGGGUGGGGAUCCUGUACUACCUGAGAGAUGAGGGGGUUCAUGUGAGUGGGAGCUUCUCUUCCGGGGUUUCGAAAUCGACGCUGAGGGAGAGGUUCAGGGCUUUCAAUGCAGCGUUUGAUGAGGUCCACAGGACUCAGGCUGCAUGGCUCGUGCCGGACACCCAGCUGAGAGAGGAGCUAAGAAUUUCGAUAUCAGAGAGGCUGUUCCCGGCCUACCGGUCCUUCCUUGGUCGGUUCCGGCAUCAUUUAGAGAAUGACAGGCACCCUGAGAUGUAUAUCAAGUAUUCAGUCGAGGAUUUAGAGGCGGCCUUGUCUGAUUUCUUUGAAGGAUGCACGCCUUCUCCACUCAACAGGAGAAGAUCACAUUGAAGAAGGUGAUGCUUUAAAGAGGCUCUUAUUGUAGCUGAUGGAGAGAUCUACAAUCCUGCAUAAUAUUUCUUUGUGAAAUGAAGAUCUUGCUGGGGCUGUCAAAUACUUAAGGGCCUGCACCUGUUUAGUUUCCCUCUGUACGCAAAUUUGUUUUUGAUUCUUGACAUGAUCUAGUCUUUGUUUAGCAUGUUCAUAUUAAGUCUAGUUUGUUGAUGUGAGUUUUCGUUUGGAAAAUAAUAAGUCAUAGCAAUUUUCUACCUCA